UUGGCUCACCAUGUUAUCGUUAAAAAUACCAACUCUUAAACGCCAGAAAAUUGAAAGCGGUACCACUGUCACUUGAUGUUACUUCUUGAUCAGUUCCUAUAAGCAUAUGGAGGAAGGCAGAUAUAGUGUCGUUUCUGUGUCUUUUCCGGUGUGUUGACCGUUCAGUGCGGGUAAAUCCUUGACACCGGUUCUGAUCCUUUCGUUUCUUGAUGAACACUCACAUGCUGCUCUGUGAAAUGCAGAAUUGGCACCAUCAGAUGAACUUGAACGGAGGUCGAAUUUGUGCGUGAUUUCGAAUAAACAUCGUGUACGUCCUUUGGUAUGACUCUAGAAAUCCACGAGGUUAUUGCGCUCUUGACAGAACCGGUAACUGAAGAGAAAAAGUCGUAGGGGUGACGAUGUUGGAGAGUGAAUCGUACUUGAAUAUUGUUUUUAGCUGAUUUCUCAGGAAUUAGGAAACAGAUCAAGGUGUUGACAUGAAGGGUUGGUUCGAUGCAUUCAGAAACGAUGGUGGUCCUACACUCUAUAAUUUCAAUAACAGAACAGCUGUGACAGGGGACGUAACUAUCAUAACGUUUUUGACGAUAUUCACGACUUUAUAUAUUGCGUUCCUCAUCAUAUUUCCUGGCAUCAGAAAAGAGAAGUUCACGACUUUUUUCACAGUUACUUUAAGUUUAUUUGUAGGAGCAACGAUUUUAGUUUCAAUAUAUGGAUCAUCAUGGCAUGUAUCCGAGGCAUCUAUAAUGAGUACGUACAAAGCGUUCUCCAAAGAGAAAAUCGCAGCCAACAUAGGCGUACAUGUUGGAUUAGGACACAUAAAUAUAACUCUUCGGGCACAACCUGUUAACAAUAGGACAGCCGAUAUCGAUUUCAACGAGAGAUUCUCUUGGAGCGAUAGCAGCCAAAUGGGUGAUAGUUUCAAGGAUGCCAUAGCACGAGGUCUUCCCUUUCCUAUUUUAACCAUAGCCGAAUAUUUUAUUUUAGGAGAGGAUGGACUGUCAUGGGGAAGCCAGUACAGAUCUGCAGGAUAUUUCGCCAUUAUAAUGUUAUGGACUUCAUUUACAGUAUGGAUUCUAAUGAAUCUAAUGUUAAUUGCGGUCCCGAGAUAUGGAGCUCUUCUCAUGACAGCAUGUGGAUUCCUACUUCUUGGUACCUGCACUGGUUACUUCUGUUCGCUUCCAGAAAUACCCCUCGUAAUUCAUCUGGAUGGAGCAACGAUGCAAUUGUAUUUUGGUUGGUGUUUCUGGUUAGUUGUUGCAGCAGGAGGGAUUUGUUUGUUAUCGGGAGUGACAAUUACAACGAUUGAAAUUAUACUGCCUCAUAGUUUCUCAACUAUACUAGAAGUAGAUUAUGAUACUCCCUACGACCGUCAUAUUAUCAUCGAGGAUAGCCACGGCAGACGAUUUCAGCGAAAGAGAAAUAGUUCGAAUAAAUUGGAAGAUCCAUCAUCUGAAGGUCUUGGUUUAAGGAUAUUGAAGAGAAUGUCUUCCAAAACGAAAUCUGAGAAAGAAAAUGUCGAUGUUUCUUCAAUACAGAAUCAUUUUUAUGAAGCAGAAAGAAAUAAAUCACCUUGGAGUUAUUCAGUUAAUUCCAUUUCUGGUCGAACAUUUCAACCAAAGCCCCUACCACGGUCUAUUUCUCAAGAUACUUUAUCUUCAAUUUCGUCAGAUUCAAACGUUGGUUCAGAUUUGGCGAGAUAUAGGAUCCAUCCAUCCAAUAAGUUCUCCCAAGAAGUCGGCAUGUGGUGAUAUGACUUUUGAAUUUCGACAAUGCAAAGUGCAAUAUUUGAGUGAUUAAUUUUUGUGAUAUUUAAGGUUAAAACGAUGUUUGUUGUUAGCCAUUAUUUAAUUUAUAAUUAUUAAAGUUAUUCACAUCGAUAUUUCGAAUGGAAA